UUUCGCUAGCGCUUAGUUUAAAACGGGGAGUCCUCGUUUAUUUUUACUGAGAUUACGUCACCGUGGGCGUUUUAUAUCAUACAUGUAUCAAGUCACUCGAACUGACAAUCUUCAGACGAUUAACAUCAAUUCAAGUUCUCAUUCUGCAUAAAAUGCCAGGAUACAAGUGGGUGAGAUAUUCUGGAGCAAGGUAUUGGGCUCCUGGGAUGAUUACUAUUGGUCGUGACUUGGAUGGCGCUCAUCUUGUUGUUGGUCGUGCACAUCAUCAUGGCGAUUUGUUACCGGCUAAAGCUAAGCCCGAACAUGGGGUUGCUUAUAUUGCUCAUGGUGGCGCUGAACACAUGAAACAUGACUUCGAAAUUUUAAUGCCAGCUGAGUUUCAAUGGAUACCAUCGAGAAAUGGUCAAGUACCACCCGGAGCUGUUGAGGGUGGCAGAACUAGUAAUGGAGAAGUUUUAUUUAUCGGUCGCGCUCAUCACAACGGAACUCCUUGCGUAGGAAAGGUACAUCCAAGCCACGGCAGCCUUUACAUUCCUUACAACGGCGAAGAAGUUCCCUUCAGAGAGUACGAAGUACUGGUUCAAAAUUAAUUUUAGAGAAUUAUAUGAAAAAAUGUUCCUUGAAUGCUAACGAAAAGGUAAUUGAAAAUAAAAGAAAAAGAUAGCUGCAUGAAAUGAAUAAAA